UGGAAAUGAAAUGCAUGACAACCGCUACGUGAAACAAAAGUAGAUAAAAUAAAUAACUAACAAAAAUUUCUAAUAAAUUAGACCAUUUGGAAAAUAUGUCGUCCACAGGACGCGGUCGCGGAUACACAGGGCGCCAUCAGUUAUCGCAGAGGGCGCCACGGCCGGGCGACUUAGAGUUAGACGAGAAGACCCCAGCCCGGACAGUCGCUGAGCUCAGCCCUAGAGUAACAGAUCUGUCAAAAGUAGAGCCUGUCAAGCCAGACAUGGAAGAACCUGUCAAAGAUGAAAAGCCAGUCAAAGAGGCGGUGGAGAAGAGGUGUGAUGAUGACGCAUUGCUGGAAGUGCUGCAUGUGGACGAGCAAUUUGCACCUCUAUUGGUUCUGUUGGAACAGUUUUCUCCGGGUGAAGAUGGUAUACAAUUCAACAGAAAACUGCGACAUUUCGAAACCACAGUUACUAACAUGUGUCCAGAUGAGGCCCGAUUACAACAAGCGUUCGCGACGUUUCGAGCGGCAGCCCUACAGAGUUCUGUGACGUCACGCAAGUUGGCGGCCGUUGGAGCCUCCUUCACACGACAACAAAGGCAGCAAUUGCUUAGAGCAGCCUUACUCAAUGUUGUUAUGCAAGGGACUUUUACUAAACUGGACAUUUUGGAAAGAUCAAAUCCGAUAUAUUUGAUAAAUGCGGCGAAUCUUAUGGGAGAUUAUUUUGCAGAGGCUCGCUUGUGCAACGGCAACAAAGUCCACAUACUUGCCAAUCCGUUGUUACAAUACAUGCGAGCUUUACUAGCCAGUGACGAUUUAAGGGCACAUCGGAGUCUUGCUACACAGCUUAUGCAAAAUGGCAGAGAACUACUAUCAGUGCUAUCCCAAGAUCUAGACGAGCUGUCCAUAUCAAUACGACUAAGAUUACUAUCCCCACCACCCGUGAGCAUUAUAUGGCUGCUCCUAUCUGCAGAUCUAUGCCUCAACAAAUUCCUCCCGCUACCCAACACACUACAACAAUUCUACGCAGCCCAUCUCGACUUAACCGUCGAUGAAAGCUUCAGCGAAGUAACAUACGGUUCGUGGAAGAAAAAGGACACAGAUUAUCGGUCAGAUGCUAGCUCGGAUACGGAUAAGGCGAGUCAGAAUCUAUCCCAAAUAAGUCUAGGUAACGACGACGAUUCAAAACCUAAAUUGAGACCUAUAUUAGGCGCUGGCGCUGGUUUGCUAAGGCAGGAGCAAAUGACACAGGAGACGUUCGAUACGUGGACUAAGAGUAACUUAACGAAGAGAUACGAUUUGAAUUCAUGGAGACAGUCCGAUGAAAAGAAGGAAGAUUCCGAACCAGUUUUCAACCCAACCGUUUUACCUCCAAACUUGCAGAACUAUGUUGUUCCCGACUACCCUCCGCCAAACUUCAAUAAUUUCCAGGAAAACUAUGCGAAUUACUUACAACAAGGCGACGGGACGUAUAUACAGAAUUUCCAAAACCAACCGAAUUAUAAUGCCCCCGAAUUCGUUCCCCAGUUUACAACGACAACGGAACCGAAUAUAACCCAACCGGAACGGGUCAACAAUGAAAUCCAACAAACAGCAAACGUUAAAAAACCUAUAGAGAAUUGGAGGAAAGAGAAGAGCGAUUUGAACCCGAAAGAGGAUUCAAAUAAGAAGAAAAACUGGACACGACAACGUUCCAAAGAUAAUGUUAACGAUGAGGAGAAGGAGGAGAAAUUCCGUUCCGUCUCACGAAGCUCACGGGAUUCCAGACCGUCUCAAGGGAGGUUAAACCGGAGGAACAGCGGAGAGGGGAGGUCAAAAACCCCUCCCAAAAGACAUGUGAUGGACGUCCCUCGGAACCACAAAUAUUGGGAUCAUGAUGACAGAUGUGACAAAGAUUAUAAUAGUUAGUGACAGUGAUGUGUGUAUGAAUAGAUGUCAGUAGUUGAUUUUUAAUCUGUGCCUCCAGGGGACUGAUUUUGUAAGAUUUUUGACAGUUAGCAACUCGAGGGGACUGAUUCUGUAAAGAUUUUGACAGUUAGCAACUCCAGAAGACUGAUUUUGUAAGAUUUUGACAUAUAGCAUCAUCAUUUUAUUUUGACAUUAGCAGUUUUUGACAGCAACUCUAGGGGGCUGACUCUGUAAAGUUUUUGACAUUUAGCAUUUCCAGAGAAUUUGUUAUUGCUUUUAUUGUACUGUGGAAUGGUCCAGGAGACUUAUUCUAUAACUUUUUGAUAUUUAUUGAUUCUUGUGCAAAUGUCCAUAUUUUUAAAGUAGCUAACUAAAUGUCAAAAAUCUUACAGAGUAUACUUAUAUGGAUUGUGAUUUGUCAAAAUCUUGUGGGGUGGAUGACAGUCCGCAACUGAAGUUGCUAAUGUCAAAAAUCUUAACAGGGCUCUCUCCAUCACUUACUCCAUACAAUCGUAGUUCCAAUUUCAUUUGAAUAUUAAGCAACCA